CGAGCACCAAGCACCACCACCGCCCGGGCGGCCACUCCACUUCCACUUCCACUUCCCCUGUGCCUGUGCACUGACGCGGCCAGCGCCAAAGCUUCCUUUCACCUCAAGAUAAGGAGAUCGCAGCCUCUCGGGGCCACCCCCAAUCUCCAACGACGCCGUCCCCCGCACUUGUCCCCAACUCGCCACUCAUGGCCAUGGCCUUCCACUUCCACCCGCUGGCCGCCACGCGCGUCCACCUCUCCCCACUCCCGUUCGCCGCCGCCGCCGCCGCGGGGGCGCCCUCCCCCUCGUCCUCCUCCGUCGCCAUCGCGGCGCCCCACCACCACCACGGCCGCCGCCGCUUCUCCGCCGUCGUGGCCACGGCGGCCGCCUCCGCGGCGGCCACCACGGAGUUCGACUUCAAGGCGUACAUGGGGGAGCGCGCGGUCGCGGUGAACCGUGCGCUGGACGCGGCCAUCCCCGCCGGGGAACCCCCCGCCGCGCUGCACGACGCGAUGCGGUACGCGCUGCUGGCGGGCGGGAAGCGCGUGCGCCCGGCGCUGUGCCUGGCCGCGUGCGCCGUGGUGGGUGGGCCCGAGGCCUGGGCGAUGCCCGCCGCCGCGGCCGUCGAGAUGGUGCACACCAUGUCGCUCGUCCACGACGACCUCCCCUGCAUGGACGACGACGACCUCCGCCGCGGCAAGCCCACCUGCCACGUCGUCUACGGCGAGCCCAUCGCGGUCCUCGCCGGGGACGCGCUGCUCUCGCUCUCCUUCCACCACAUGGCCAGCGUCGGGUCCUACCCUCCGGACGUAGACCCGGAGAAGCAUCCCGCCCGCGUCGUCCGAGCCAUUGGCGAGCUCGCGCGCUGCAUCGGAUCGGAGGGACUCGUCGCCGGCCAGGUUGUCGAUCUUGAGAUGACGGGCACAUCUGAACCUGUGCCCCUUGAACGCCUUGAGUACAUCCAUCUCCACAAGACUGCCGCAUUGCUUGAGGCCUCAGUGGUGAUUGGGGCAAUCAUUGGAGGCGGCACGGAUGAGCAAAUUGAGCGGCUGCGAAAAUAUGCGAGGUCAAUCGGGCUGCUGUUCCAGGUGGUCGAUGACAUUCUUGAUGUCACCAAGUCGUCAGAGGAGCUCGGCAAGACGGCAGGGAAGGACUUGGCAAGUGACAAGACGACGUACCCAAAGCUAUUGGGGUUAGAAAAGUCACGCGAGUUUGCAGAAAAGUUGCUUUCUGAUGCAAUAGAGCAGCUUGAUUGUUUCGACAAGGAGAAGGCAGCACCUCUGUUGCAUUUGGCCAACUAUAUCGCCCAUAGGCAGAACUGAGGAGGAAUUGGGGUGAUGCUUAUUCCAUUGUUGCUCAUUGUCGAUCUGUAACUUUGUAAGGCCGUUGAACUUGGGUUUGAGGAAUAUAUCCAAAUCAUCAUGUGAUGUAUACUAGCUGUAGCUCUGUACCUUGAUGUAAUGAGGCUGUUUUAGUUGAAAAAUAUGAAUAUCAUAUCAAAUUAGUGAAACCUGAUUGAAACCAA